UUGAUAAAAGAUACAAUUAUAACUUCUUGGCCAAGCAUUGAAUUUCAUAAGAACGUUUUACUUGUCAUGACCGUUCCUGCUGAAUACUCUCAUCGAUCACGCAAUAUAAUGCGUGAAUGUGUAUUCAAUGCUGGUUUAAUUGGUGAAAUUGAUUCGGAAAAAUUGCAAUUCACCACAGAACCCGAGGCCGCCGCUAUUUACUGUAUGAAACAUUGUCUUAAAGAAUCUGCUUUUAUUGCCAAGCCUGAUAGUAGAAUCGAUCACAGUGGUGGAACUGUAGAUCUCACAACUCGUAGGUUAUAUAAUAAUAACCAAUUGGGUGAAGUUACUGAACGUGCAGGUGAUUUUUGUGGAAGUGCUUGGAUAGAUCGUGAAUUUAUCAAAUUUCUCAAAAGAAUACUUGGUGAAGUUCCAUUAAAUAUACUUGAAAAGAGUCAUUAUGGCCAAAUGCAAUAUAUGGUUCAAGAAUUUUGUAAAAAUGUCAAGUUUCUAUUCGAUGGUAAAGAUCCUAACUUUUCAUAUGAUCUAGAUCUUGGAGAGGUUUGUCCUGUAAUCAAGCAAUAUGUAACGGGCGAUGCGAAAAAUAGGCUAGAGGAAAAUGAUUGGAUAGUCGAAUUAGAUUAUAUGAAUGUCAAGAAUAUGUUUGAUCCUGUUGUCAAUAGGAUUAUCAACAUGAUAAAGAUACAAUUAGAUAAUUCCAAUGAUAAAUGUUCCAUGUUAUUUUUGGUUGGAGGGUUCAGUCAAUCUAAAUAUUUACAAUCAAGAAUCAAAGAAGAAUGCCAACACCGGGUUAAUUCUAUUUCAGUUCCUGUUCAACCGAUUGCUAGUAUAUGUCGUGGGGCUGCAUAUUAUGGUCUCAGCAUGAAAAAUACUGCCAAUGGUGUAGCUUUGAAUUGGGACAAAUUUGUCGUCAAAACUAGAGUACUUAAAUAUACGUAUGGAAUCAAAAAAUCCAUGAAGUGGAAGGAUGGAGAUCCAAAAAAUCGAAAAAGCUAUGACGGAUAUAUUGAUAAAUUUCAUCCAUUAGCAUCGAAGGGGAGCGAAGUAUCCGUAGAUCAAGAGUUUACUUUUAGCUGUUUGCCUUUAAAAAAGGAUCAAGUAGCUAUAACUUUUGAAAUAUUUUGUACACAAGAACAAGAAUUCAAAUAUUGUGAUGAGCUUGGAAUGAGGCUACUUGGAAAACUUCGAAUUGAUCUUCCAGACGUCCAUCUUGGUCUCAAAAGACCUAUUCUUUUUGGACUUUGUUUUGGAAAAAUGGAAAUUACUGCUUUCGCACAAAACAAAACUAACGGUCAAUAUUAUCAAACUAUCUUUGAAUUAGAAAGAGAUAAUUAG